AUGAAACUGCUCGAGUCCACCAUCCCCGUGCUGAUGCUGGCAAGCACUGUUCUCGCCGUCGACUGUCACAACCGCAGCUUCACCACCUGCGACGACAACAUCGUUCACUGGUACGACGUCGACACCGGCCAGAUCUGCGAUCCCCUCGACUGCGGCGGCGGCCGCGCUCCCCAGAGGAAGAACGUCCCCGGAUGCCCUGCCUACACAGGCACCGAAACCCGCGCCACCUCGGCUUCCUACCUCUCCUGCUUCACGCCCUCGGGCGCGUCCUCGACGAUCGUCAGCAUGAGCGCCAGCGCCAGCCCUGCUGAAACCACGGCGCAUGCAGAGCCCACGACCGCGAUCGUCACCGGUACGAGAGAAAGCUCCGCUGUUCCCCCUUCUGUCACGACGCCUGCGGCGCUCUCGACUGGGGAAUCGGGCUCUGCUGAGCCCAGCGCCACGGCGCCGAUUUCGAGCGGCAGUGGUACUACGGCUCCCCCGGCGGAAUCCACGCCCAAUGCGGGCCACUUUUUGGAUAGCUCCCUGGCUGCAGUUGCUGGGAUCGCAGUUGGUGUUGUUGCUCUGAUCUAA